AUGUUCAAAGAUAAAGAGAACCAAAGACCAACUCCGGAACUAACCCCUAGUUCUUCUGCAGGCUCCGGGUUUGUCACGGAGCCUAACUCUGUUGGUAACGGGCCUAGCAAUACCCCUGGGCUACCGCUUUUCACAUUGCCGCAAAAUCACCCGCAUGCGCAAGGUUCCAGAUCUGGAAAUGUUCCUACAACUAAUCCGCGAACGGUUCAGCAGUCUUCAAGAACUUCUCGUAAUCUUCUACCUACAUUACCACUGCCCCCUGCGCCGCGCUCGUCUGGCUCCUCCACGGGAUCCUCAUCCUCACUGAGCCCUAAGAAACGAGACAUUGCCGACAAGCGCACCAGUACUGAACAUCGGGCUAGUACUGAACACCUUCGGGGCAACACAGAAGAGCUCGUUAAGAAAUAUACCCCGAGUGAAUACACACCUGCAUCCCAGCGGAAUUUUUAUAAACCAAACGAACAGCCUACACUGGUUCCUAAAAAUACGACAAACAGCAUUGCCAAGCAAAGACCAAAGAGCGCCUAUAUACCCUCAUUAGAAGCUUCAACUGGGCAUAGUGCAGAUUCUCCAAGAAGGACCAGUCUCGAGCUACGAGAGGGCUGGGAAAAGAAGCGACCUGAUGCAUCCAAGGACGGCAGCGGCAGCAGCAGCAGCAAGAAUUCAUCAACCAGCAGUCAAGGUAGCCUGAAGAGCGAGAAAACUGGUGCAGGGUUAGAUUUGGCCGGCAUUGAUAUUGCGUUUGAAGCAUUACUUGACUCCCGCGGCGUCCCAACGAACAUGCGCGAUCGCAUGCGCAGUCUUGAUAUUAGGGUUAAACAGGAGUUCAUUCGUAAGGAGGCUCAGAUGGAGAAAUCCGCGGAAAAGAACACCGCAUCUUUUGCGGGCAUGGGUAUCUUUGGGAAGAGACCUCAAACAUCACAUAACAUGAAGACCGAGGCUAGGCCAAAAUCAUCCAAAGGAUUGGAUGUGAGUCCACCAGCACCGCCAAGUCCUGUUAAGAAAGCCCGUCCAAGAAGUCGCACAUUUGUUGGCACUUCAAGAGAAAAGGAACAUUCUAGUACAACAACGGCACCAAGCUCGCCUGCCAAAAAGAAGACUGCUGAGGUAGCUCCCCCUCUUGAAAAGAGUAUGAGAGUAAAGGGUGUGAUUUUUCCGCCUGUUACAGCAGCCUCGGCCAUGAAUAAUGGUCCUACGCCUCAAGUAAUGGUAGCAACUCUCAUACCAGAAGAAUGGGUCGAGUGGCUAGAGGAAGCUGGAAUACCAAAGAACAUGGGCAACAAGAUGUUUGCAGAAGACAUUGAUGGAAAGGGCCCUUCAGGGAGCGGUGAAAGGGGUAUGAAGGACGUUGAAGUCGCUAAAUUACAUAAGCUCAGACUGAUUCUGAGAAACGAACGUCUAAAAUGGGUGGAAAAAUUCGUUGAGUUGGGGGGUAUGCAGGCGGUUUGGGGUGUCCUUGAACGUGUUCUCGGUGUUGAAUGGAGGGAGGAGCAUGAGGAUAUGUUGCUUCACGAGCUCCUUCUCUGUCUUAAAGCUCUCUGCACCGCCACAUCAGCUCUCAGAAAGCUAUUAGAUAUGGAGGAAACAGUCUUUCCACGUCUAAUUGAGCUGUUAUUCGAUGAGGAGAAAAAGGGCCCAUCAGAAUUCACCACUCGUGGCCUCAUCAUUCAGUUGCUUUUCACCCAUCUUUCUACUGCAACUGUUAGUCAACGUCCUGAACGAGCUCGCCGAAUCUUGGAAUACCUUGCGGAUAAACUUCCAAACGAAGACAAACGUCCAAUCGAAUUCAUUGAAGCAGCACAUACAAGAAGACCUUACAAGAGAUGGUGCAAAGAGGUCGUUAAUGUUACUAAAGAAGUCUUUUGGAUUUUCCUGCAUGGGACAAAUGUAAUUCCUCUUCCGACCUCCUACAACCCCGCUAGUGAACGUGAAAGCUACAUUUCACUUCACUUCCCCGCUGAACGCCCACCGGUUCCAGCCGCCCCAUAUGUGGGUGGGGUCGAAUGGGAGGCAACAAACUAUCUUGCCAAUCAUUUGGAUCUUUUGAACGCAUGUAUUGCGAGUCUGGAAACCAGAGAACAGAGGAACAAUCUUCGACUUGAUCUCCGAAAUUCUGGGUGGGAAAAAGCACUGGGUGGCAGUUUACGGACCUGCAAGGAAAAACUUCAUACAGCUCUCCACGAGGGGCUUAAGACAUGGGUUGCCGCUGCCGCUGCUGAUGAUUGGGAGGUGGCCGAUGUACGGUUCGGGCCAAGGUUUGAGCGAGUCUACCAUCACAAAGAGGUUAAUGACAAAGAGGCGAGAAGAGAGCGGAGGAAGAAGAAGGAGCUCGCGCAACAACAACAGCAGGAAGAGCUUAAAGUUGAGCUCCCACGAUUAAGCUUCGACCAGGGCAAUGGUGGAGCCGAAAGUGGAGAGUGGCUUUACUAA